CACAGUCUGAAGCUACAGAAAGAAACACACGUCCUCUGAAAAAUGGACCCCACUCUGUAUUUCAUUCUUCUUCUCUCUGCUCUCUGCUCCGUAUCUGAAUGUGUUCAGCGUCAGUAUCACUUUAUAAAUGAGAGUAAGAGCUGGACUGAAGCUCAGAGAUACUGCAGAGAGAAAUACACAGAUCUGGCCACCGUUGAUGACAUGAACGACAUGAACGAGAUGAAGAAGAGUCUGAAUGAUGGAGGUGUUGAGCUCAUCUGGAUUGGUCUGCAGAAGGCGGGUCGUGAUGAAUGGAGGUGGUCUUCAGGUGAACCUGCUCUCUAUCUGAACUGGGCUCCUGGACAACCUGAAGGCAGAGAUGAUUGUGGCAUGAUGUCAUAUGGAAAAUUUGAGGAUUUGCCAUGUAGUUCUAAUAAAUAUUUCAUCUGCAACAACAAUAAACUGAUUGUGAUCAGAGAGAAUCUGGCGUGGUCUGAAGCUCUGAGAUACUGCAGACAGAAUCAUGUGGAUCUGGUCUCGGUUCAUUCAGAAGAGAUUCAGCGUCGUGUGAAGAACGUGGUUAAACUGGCGUCUACUGCUGAGGUGUGGAUGGGUUUACGUCACUCCUGUAUUGUUGGGAUCUGGUUCUGGGUGAGUGGAGAGACUGUGUGUUAUCAGAACUGGGCUCCAAGGAACGGAUCUUCAGAAGAGGACUGUGAAGUCUCAGUGAGAUCUGGAGCAGUUCAGUCUGGAGGAGAUCAACGCUGGAUCAGCCGUCCUGAAAACACCAAACUCAACUUCAUCUGCAGCAGAUUCUGAGGCCUGUGUAAGUAAGAUAUAAAAUGCUUGCAGGUUCCUUUAACUUUACUAAUUACUUAAAAAGUAAAGCAAUAAUUUUACAUUUAAUCAUUUCUAACUUAAGGUUACGUUUUUUUUUCAGAUGUUUGUUAAUAAUUCUAAAUAAAUGAAUAUAAUGUUAAUCAUUUCAAUUUAAUUCAAUUAAUAUAAUGUUAAUAAUUUCAAAACAGUAAUUGUUAUUGACUUUACAGUAAAUGAUAUGAAUUUAGAGGCUGUGUUUUUCUGCUGGUGGAUUCAUUUCUUUCAAUGUGAUAC